CGUCUAGGUAUACCGUGUUUGUGGUUUCAUUUUUGUUAUCCUUUCUUUUCUUGUAGAGAGAGAAAAACAGAAGCCAUGGGUGCGAUUCUUUCUAGCUUCUUGGGUGGCGGCGCCUCCACCACCGACGGCUCCUCUUCCUCGUCGGACUCUCGUGUUAUUGCUUUUCACUCAUCCAACAGAUGGCAGCUCCACUUUAACGACUCCAAAGAAUCCCCAAAACUGAUAGUGGUGGACUUCGCGGCGUCGUGGUGUGGGCCGUGCAAGUUCAUGGAGCCGGCGAUCCAGGCCAUGGCUGCCAAGUUCACCGAAGUUGACUUUGUAAAGAUCGAUGUUGAUGAAUUGUCGGAUGUGGCGCAGGAGUUUGGAGUGCAGGCGAUGCCAACGUUCGUGUUGAUCAAACGGGGGAAGGAAAUAGAUAGAGUGGUUGGGGCGAAAAAGGAUGAGCUGGAGAAGAAGAUUGAGAAGCACAGAGAGCUGCCAAAGUUCGCUGCUUGACCGCGAAUAUAUAAUAUAUAUAGUGAUUGAUUGUACUUUACACCUAUUUCUGGCUGAUGAUGAGAACUUAUGGUUUCAUUUCAAAAUUCAAUCAAAAUUGUUGGAACUUUCUUGGUUUA